AGAAGAAAAGUUGAAAUUGCAGUUGCUGUGCUUAUAAUCUUAUUCUGUGUAGUUCACACGGUCACUUCUGUUCAUUUUUAAUGAAAAAUUAUGCUGUUAUUUUCUACCAUGAAUUAACUUUGUUUUUUAUUAUUUUUUUAAUUUUGUAUAUUUGGUCUUACCCUAAAAGACAUCAUAAGAGACAUUUUUUUUCCUCUUUUUUUUUUCUGCGUUCCAAGACUCCAGAAAAAACAGCUUCCCUGGCACAUUUUGUACAAGGCACAACUAGAAUGAGUGAUGCAGAAAGUUCUACGGAGCCUGCAGAGUGUGCUCAAUCAUCAAGAAGAAAGAACUUGACAAAUUCUCUUGAACAAAAGAUAAGGUGCUUGGAAAAGCAGAGAAAAGAGCUCCUGGAAGUUAACCAGCAAUGGGAUCACCAAUUUAGAAGUAUGAAAACGUUAUAUGAAAGAAAGAUCGCAGAGCUGAAAACGAAACUGGACGCGUCAGAACGGUUCCUCAGCAAGCUGGAGAAGGAGCGGCAUCGGUGUCAGCGAGAGAGCGACAGGCAGCGCGACCUGACCCGGGACCAGCUGCAGCGGGAACAGAAAGAAAAGGAAAGCCUAAAUGAAGAAUUACAUGAAUUGAAGAAAGAGAAUAAGCUUUUGAAGGAAAAAAAUGUUCUUGCAAGCAAGAAGAAGGAACGUUAUGAAUGUGAAAUAAAACGCCUCAAUAAGGCUCUUCAGGAUGCCUUGCAGAUCGAGUGUUCUUCGUUUUCUGAGGACUAUUUGGGGAAGUCGGAAAUGAGGUGCAGCCACGAAGAGAUGAGGACACAAAUGGAAGUUCUCAAACAUCAGGUGCAAAUAUAUGAAGAAGACUUCAAAAAGGAACGUUCAGACCGAGAAAGACUCAACCAAGAGAAAGAAGAGCUGCAGCAAAUUAAUCAAACGUCUCAAUCCCAGUUGAACAGGCUGAAUUCUCAGAUAAAAGCUUGUCAAAUGGAGAAAGAAAAACUAGAAAAGCAAUUAAAACAGAUGAAUUUCCCAAUCUGUAACUGUGGCUUGGUUUUCCACCCCCGGGAUCCAUGGGUACCAGCCGGCUCUGGGGCUGUGCAGGAUCUACGGACGCACCUGCCGGACUAUCAGUGGUAUGCUCCUGACCAGUUUCCGCCAGAUGUGCAGCACAAGGCAAAUGAUUUCUCCUCUGAAAAUAAAGUCAAUCAGUAGAAGCAGAUGCCAACGUAGAAGCACAAUGGACAGGAAGAAGCUUGGCUGAAGAUCCCUCUUUUUUUUACUUUUUACUGUGGCUUGUUUCUACCACAACUGCACAUCAUCUCCUCUAUUAUUUGUGCCUGGUAAUGGUUUCCUUUGGAGUGGCUAAAGGAAAAGGCUUCUGACAACUGAGACCCUGAUAAGUCCAAGGAGUCCGUUAUUGUACAGUCAAGCAGGACAACGCACAGUUUGCUUGAGAUAACAUAUCGCAGAUAAAAUAUGUGCCACUCCUUGAAACUGUCUUCAGCAUAUUGUUGCUGGAUUUACAAAGAUGAUUCCAUGAUUUAAGCAACUCCACUUUUGGUGCAGUGAUAUUGCAUGUCGAUUUAAAGUAUAUUCAUAUAUAUUCCCUGGGGGAAAAGUUUCUACUGUUGUAAAUUUUUUACAGCGCGCUCCCAUUUUUUUCAUAGGGGCUUGAUUCUUUCGCCAGUUUUGUUUGUUCGUCAUUGUUGUUCUCUGUGAACUUAUCGAUCGGAUUGGAGAGGUGUACAUAGUUUUUAAAUUAAAUGAAUUCAAUCUGAAUAAAAUGGUGAACUGGAAACUGUUCUUGAAACAGAGAAUUUUUAUAAAUGGAUAAGAAAUUGUGAGCCAAGUUCAUUUUUCAGUGAAAUAGGUUACGAAAGAUAAAAUCCUGAUGUAAUGGUGAUGGCCUUGUGGUGUUCAUAUAUAUUUAUUGAGCUAUUUCAAAGAUACAUGAAUUGCUGGCGGAGUCUGUGUUUUCCUUCAUAUGGCUUUGUGUAAUGAUUAAUGAAAAACAUAGUUCUAACUUCUCUAACCAAUUAAAAUGGUAAACUGAUGUAUCCAUGUUUUACUGUAAUUAAAUUCUACAGUGGUGUGACAGAUGUCUAAAGAUUAAGCAGAUUUAAAAGCAUUGUGUUCAACCACAUAAUAAGGAUUCUGCUAGGACCAACUGAAGAUCCUCUUUUUGGGGAGAUGUAUAAUGGGUGUGAAAUCUAUGUCAGACACAGAUACCUGUGUUUUUAGAAGUACCUGAAGAAUUUCCAGGAGAAUCAGCUGCAUAUGCAGUUAAAGAAAACAAUCCAGACAUACUGCUGAGACUAUCUAACCCAACUUCUGGAAGUUAUGUUGCUCAAUUGCAGCUCAAACUAUUUUGUUUCACUUUCUGGAAACACAUAAAGCUCUAUGUUUUGGAAAGGUGAAAGAGCCUAAAAAAUUAAAUAUUUUCAGCCUCAGUCUUUGACUUCUCUGGAAGAAUUAUCUGUCUCUUGCAUUAAUUCCCUAAAGCUUUGUUGUUGCUGUUGCUAGGUGCCCUCG